AUGCUUAACCAAAUCAUCCUCGACAACAUUGCCAAAAAACUGGAACUCCGCCGACCAAAUAAAGAAGCAGUUCAAACCCUUUUAAAUUAUUAUUACAAGUCUGAAAAUUGGUCUGAAUGUAUUCUCUCGGUAGCCACCGGAGUAGGAAAAACUUAUAUCAUGGCGGCUAUUUUAAACUAUUUAGCCGAAGCCGAAAAAAUAACUAAUUUUCUAAUUGUGGCUCCGGGAAAAAUAAUCAGAGAAAAGACCAUUAACAAUUUUUCACUUAACAAACCUAACUCUUUGGCUGAUAAAUUAACCAUUAAACCACCCCAUAUUAUUGACAUCAAAAACUUUCACACUGCUAAAAUUACUGACAAAAACUCGGUUAAAUUAUUUAUUUUUACCGUUCAAUCUUUAACCCAAGCCCGCGGCAAAACAGCUCGCAAAACUAGCAAUUAUGACGAAUUAUUAGGUCAAUCUUUACGGGAACAUUUAAGCAAAUUAGAUGAUUUGGUUAUUUUUGCCGACGAACACCAUUUAUAUUAUGGAGAAAAGUUUUCCGAAGCCAUUCGGGAACUAAAACCUAAAAUUUUAAUUGGACUAACUGGCACACCUCACAAAGAAACUCCGCCGCAAGAAAUAAUUUAUCGCUACCCUUUGGCCUAUGCUUUAAAAGACAAAUUAAUUAAAAAGCCGGUAAUUGUUGGUCGAAAAGACAGUUAUGAUAAUGAGAAAACUAAACUGGAAGAUGCUCUUAUCACUCUUAACCGAAAGCAAGAGCAACUUGACCUUUACACUAAAAUUUACAAAUUGGAACCGCGAAAGGCUUUAAUGUUAAUAAUAGCCGAGAAUAUUCAACAUGCCGAGGAAACAGAAGUAUUGUUGAAAAGCGAACAUAAUUUAACUGAAAAGAUAAUUCGCAUAGACAGCAGUAAUAUUAACGAGACUCUGGCCCAAGAAUUACAAACUAUUGAUGAUUUUAAUAAUCCCAAGAAAAUUAUUAUCGCGGUGGGAAUGCUUAAAGAAGGUUGA